CUUCCGUUCCCACGCACAACUGCUGCUGUCAGGGGAUGGCUUCUCUCUGAGGAGGCUCAUUUCUUUGCAGAUGUGUGUAACGUCGAUCACCAGAACAAGGCAGGCUAUACCCCCAUCAUGCUGGCAGCUCUCGCUGCUGUGGAGGCAGAGAAGGACAUGCGGGUCGUGGAAGAACUCUUCGGCUGCGGGGACGUGAAUGCCAAAGCCAGCCAGGCGGGGCAGACGGCCCUCAUGCUGGCUGUCAGCCACGGACGCAUAGACAUGGUGAAGGGCCUGCUGGCCUGUGGGGCUGACGUCAACAUCCAGGACGACGAGGGCUCCACGGCCCUGAUGUGUGCCAGCGAGCACGGCCACGUGGAGAUCGUCAAGCUGCUGCUGGCCCAGCCAGGCUGCAACGGCCAUCUGGAGGACAACGAUGGCAGCACCGCGCUCUCGAUAGCCCUGGAGGCAGGACACAAGGACAUCGCCGUUCUUCUGUACGCCCAUGUCAACUUCGCAAAAGCCCAGUCUCCGGGCACGCCUAGGCUUGGAAGGAAGACGUCACCUGUUCCCACCCACCGAGGUUCAUUUGAUUGAUUAUGUGCAAAUAGCGCUGCAUGUACAUGCCACCAUUAAGCUGCUAAUUGUUCCUGAUGGGGUGACAGAUGCUGAAUGUAUAUGUAUUGUGCCUGGGCUCACCAGCAAACAGAAGUAUAAUGCCACGGGCUCAAGGCUGAAGCUUUCACAGUGGGAGUGGAGCCAGCAGGAGACUGCCGACCUGGGCAAGUGUCUGCCAUCUUCUGUCUGUGUAGGACACACUUUAACCCGUCUCUGUGGCUGCCAAAUCUCUGCUCUGUUAUGUGCAGUUGUAGGAAACUGUAACCUGACCUUUUCCUGUCUUCACCACUCCCAUCACAAAGAAGUGUCAGGUUCUAACUGGCAUUGGGUUUUUUAAAUUUUCCACAAAUAUGAGGGUACUUCAAAAAGUCCAUGGAAAGAUUUGUAUUAUCUUUUAGUUCUGUUUUUCCGCGAACUUGUUGAAGUAUCCCUGUAUUUAUAUUUAUUAAAUGUGGAACCAUUGGAAUGCUCUUCCAAAAUUCCAUUCCAGGAUGGUGGUGUUGAUUUUUCUUUGUCUUUAUUAUUUUAAAGUAAGGAAGUUGAGGUGACCUUGAUCAUCAGCAACUUGGGCCUGGGCUGCAAGUUUCUGGUUUAAAAAUAGAAGAUGGAACUCUCUAAAAGUAUAAAACUUAACAAAGGAAAUAUUUUCAGUUGGUUUUAUCAAGGUGGAUGUAUUAUAUGACUUUUUAUAUAAAAGGUAUCUAUAUGAAAUUGACACAGUAUUUUCAAUUUUUAUAUUCCACAGUAAUUAAAGACACGAAGAACUACAUGUAACGUUACCAUAUUUUUAUUAAUAAUUGCACAGCCCAGUCUGUAAUGAUAAAGGUUGAAUUGCGUUAGAGGAAUCGGCUAUAUAUUUGCCUCUAGAGAAACAGUGUAGUUCUCUUUGUAUUUAUGGAUUCCUUUAUACCAUGUCACAUCUACUUUCGUCCUGUAUGUAUUUAAAUGUUUGAAGUGCCUUAGACUCUUGCCAUAUUUUCAAAAUAAAAUUUCAUUAAGCUCUU